AUGUUGUUGCUGGCAGCGGUGCAAGGCGCCUUGCUCCUACGGCUGGCUGCCGCCGACUGCCGGUCGCAGCUGCUGCAGGCGGCACCCAGCAGCAGCGGCAAGGAGGGCUGGAUAGACGUGGACAGCCCUGUGGACAGCUGCACCAAGCAGCUGGACGGCUUCGACGGCCAGUACCAACUGGUGUUUAGCGACGAGUUCAACACGCUGGACCGGGACUUUAAGGCGGCUGCCCAGGACGGCAGGUGGACGGCGCAGCAUCAGUACUACUUCCCCACAAAGGACGAGGAGGUGUACAGGCCGGAGCAGGUCACGGUGGAAGGCGGCGCAGCCGUCAUCACCCUGGAGCGGCUGCCGGGGAACGAGGCGGGCACGGCGCCCAGCCAGCAGCCCGACGGCGAGGUUUGGCAGGUGUCCAAAAAGUAUGUGAGCGGCAUGUUCAACUCCUGGAACAAGUUCUGCUACACGGGCGGGUACAUCGAGGCGGCGGUGCAGCUGCCCGGCAACGCCGUCACCAGCGGCUUCUGGCCCGCGUUUUGGACGAUGGGCAACCUGGGCCGGGCUGGGUACAUGGCGUCCACGGCGGGCACCUGGCCGUACAGCUACAACACGUGCCAGGGGUCGGGCAAGCAGGAGUGGAGCGGGCUGGAAGGCCAGCUGAUCACGGCGUGCCCGGGGGACCCUCCCGGGGUCAACCGCGCGGCAUGGGGCCUGCACCCGCAGCAGGGGCGCGGCGCCCCGGAGUUUGACGUGUUUGAGACCAGGCGAGCCAUGGCAGGGCGCCAGGCAGGGCGCCAGCCAGCAGGCAACUCGCCCGGCGGCGUGCAGCCGCCGCACGCCAGCCAGACGCUGCAGAUGGCGCCGCUCAUGCCAGAGGGGACCAACUGGUGGAGCGGUCCCGCCUCGGGCGGCGUGCAGUACCCCGGCGCGGGGUCGCCGUACGCCACGAGGCGCAACCCCUGGUCGGGCGCGCUGCAGCGGCCCGGCAACGAGUACCAGGACAGCGUGAGCGCGCUGAGCGACCUGGGGCCCAGCUACUACACAGGGUACCACACGUACGGCGUGGACUGGCGGCCGGGGCAGUACCUUCGGUGGUACCUGGAUGGCGUGCUGCUGUACGAGGUCAACUCGCAGGCGCUGGUUGAGCAGACCAACGCCACAGGUGCGUGGGUGGGUCCGCGCCUCAUCCCGCUAGAGCCCAUGUAUGUGAUCUUCAACCUGGGUAUGAGCGAGGCGUUUGGGGAGAUUCAGUACGGCCAGCUGCCCUUUCCGGCCGCCAUGAAGGUCGAUUGGGUCAGGGUGUACCAGCGCCCCGACGCCAUCAACGUGGGCUGCUCCCCGCCCGACUUCCCCACGGCCCAGUACAUCGCCUGCAACCGACACAAGUUUGUGAUGUCGGAGGAGGAGGAGGGCAUGCUGGUGCGGGAGCAGUGCAGCAGCAACGUGGUGGGGGCGGCGGCAGGGAGGGCGCCGCUGCGGGGGCUGCUGCACGGCGGGCUGGCGGCGGCAGCAUCAGCCCUGCUGGCGCUGGCGCCCUGA